GUGGGUGGGGCUUCUGCGCUUCCUCACGCAUCAUGCUUGUUUCCUGGUAGCUGCUAACAACCUGCUGCCUGUAACUUCGUCCGUCCGCUGUUCGCUCAUGCAUUGACGCUUUCAGGCUGCAGUAUUUGUAAAAUGUGUGCGAGGAUGAAGCCGUGUCGACGCUGAGUGCAGGUUGACCGUCAGCUCCGUGCCGGACGCAUGGUGCUCCGUGUCUCUCUGGCCGCUUUCUGACGCUUGGGGUUGCAGUCUGGCCUCCAGCCGCGGCUGCGAAUUAACUUCAUUUUUCAGCGUCGCCCUCCUCUGAAAUCAUGUUUAUUUUAUGAAGAUGGCGGUGACGGGGACACUGUAAACUAAAUGACUGUCAGAAACAUCGCCUCCAUUUGUAAUAUGGGCACCAAUGCCUCUGCUCUGGAGAAAGACAUCGGCCCAGAGCAAUUCCCAAUCAAUGAACACUACUUUGGAUUGGUCAACUUUGGAAACACAUGUUACUGUAACUCAGUGCUCCAGGCUCUCUACUUCUGCCGGCCUUUCCGGGAGAACGUGCUGGCUUACAAAGCCCUGCAGAAGAAGAAGGAGAACCUGCUCACAUGCCUGGCUGACCUCUUCCACUCCAUUGCCACACAGAAGAAGAAAGUGGGCGUCAUCCCGCCCAAGAAGUUCAUCUCCCGCCUACGGAAAGAAAAUGACCUGUUUGACAACUACAUGCAGCAGGACGCCCACGAAUUCCUCAACUACCUUCUGAACACAGUGGCCGACAUCCUGCAGGAGGAGAAGAAGCAGGAAAAGCAGAAUGGACGCCUCAAGAACAACGGCACCGCCAUCACCACAGAGACCGAGACUGAGAACAAGACAGAGCCAACAUGGGUUCACGAUAUCUUCCAAGGCACACUGACCAAUGAGACACGCUGCCUCAACUGUGAGACGGUGAGCAGCAAAGAUGAAGAUUUUCUGGAUCUUUCUGUGGACGUGGAGCAGAACACAUCAAUAACACACUGUCUCAGGGACUUCAGUAACACAGAGACUUUGUGCAGCGAAUACAAAUACUACUGUGAGACAUGCUGCAGCAAACAGGAAGCACAGAAGCGGAUGCGUGUGAAGAAGCUGCCUAUGAUCCUGGCGCUACACCUGAAGAGGUUCAAGUACAUGGAGCAGCUGCACCGAUACACCAAACUGUCCUAUCGAGUGGUUUUCCCCCUCGAGCUCCGCCUCUUCAAUACGUCUGGGGAUGCAGUUAACCUGGAUCGCAUGUACGAUCUAGUGGCUGUGGUGGUUCACUGUGGCAGCGGCCCAAACAGAGGUCAUUACAUCACCAUAGUGAAGAGUCAUGGCUUCUGGCUGCUGUUCGAUGACGACAUUGUAGAGAAAAUUGACGCCCAGGCUAUUGAGGAGUUUUACGGGCUUACCUCAGACAUCUCGAAGAACUCAGAGUCGGGAUACAUCCUCUUCUAUCAGUCCAGGGAGUGACUGGAGUUGGACUGGUGACAGAGGAAAAGACUGAAUAUGAUGUUUUUUUAAAAAUGACCCGACUCCUGUCAUCUCCACCCCAUCCUGCUCCUAUUCUCCAAGUCAGGUCUCUCUAAUGUAUGUGCCAGCUCCAACCUCUGGGUUUACCUGUUCUCCAUAUCUCUCUCUCUCUCUCUCUCUCUCUCUCUCUCUCUCUCUCUCUUUCUCUUUCUCUUUCUCUCUCUCUCCCUCUCUCUCUGUAAUUUGCUUCUUGCCUUUUAGUCACCUGCAUCUGGACUGCACUUUAAAACAAAAGCAAAAAUGCUCAACAGCAUGACAGAAACAAAAAGGAGUAUACAUUCAUGUCAAGCCCUACACACUUGGUGUGGAGUAGCUGCAGAAGCCUGGAGAGGUGAUUCUCUGCCGGGAACAUGACAGGGGAUUGAAGGGUCUUGUGCACAUACAGACUUGUCAGAAAUUGUACUUUAUCAAUUAUAUAUAUAUAAGGUCACCCCCCCCUCAUAAUCCCCUUCAUUAGGGCUAUUUUCCCCAUCACUGUCCAUCCCUUUGACAUGUUCUGUGUACUGGAUGGAUGCAUGAGAAGUGGAUGAAGUUGGAGACAAACACUGUAUAAUAAGCAUAGAGAGAUUUUGUGCGUUUCCUGUGGCUUUGAAGCAAUAUCUGAGCACUGACUGGAGAACUCACAAGCUGAAAACUACCUAAACUCAAACUCCAAAUGUUGACAGUAUAGAGGUUUUAUCCCACAGAGGAUCAUUACAUUAACACUACACAUGAAAGGAGAUCUGCAUCCUGUUUCCUCCUUUCGGGUCAGAAGAAUCUUUCUAAUUUUGUAUUCUGAUAGAAAACCCCUAUUUAUUGAACAUAUUUAUUACUGUUACUCGUAAUUCAGACUGUUAGGUAAUGAAGGUGUUUGUGUGUAAUAUGGCUCUCGAGAGCUUUGUACUAAGUUGUCAGUGUGAAGGACAUGGUGUAUGUAAUACACAACUUGGUAGGACAGGUUUAAAAAAUAGUUUUGCUGGGUUUGUUUUGUAGUUUGCAUGUUAAAUAAAGAGAUAAGACAGAUUAACACAAUGGAAGUGAGACACCACAUGACUGCCCAAUGUUUCGAUUGACGUGGAGAGAGAUAACAGUGCAAUAGAAGGUGAAGUUAUCCAGUGCGGAAUUUCCUUGUGAGACUAAUAUAAAGUACAUUUAAAUGUUAGUAGAUGUGUUUCUUAGUGGCUAAUCUGUUUCCAGUGCUGUGUGUUUGUGAUAUCAAAGUAAAUGCCCCACCCCACCGUCACCAUGUGCAAAGUGCACUACCAGCUGGGAUGGUAGCUACAACCGUCUUUCAUCCAUCUUUUUUGUAACCUGACAUGACAUUGUCUUUUUUUCAUUCCCAUGUCGAACUUCGACUUAGUAGUUUUGUCUUGGUUUGUCUCUGACUUUGACAUAAAUAGUGUGUGUCAUAUGUAGCAUAAUGGAACCCUUAAUCACACAGAGUUAAAAAUUCAAGCUAACUCAUACAAUAUUCCUCCCUGUACUGUGGAUGUUUUGAAUCUUUGACCCUUUCCUCCAGGGUCUGUUGCCUUGCCCUGUAGAGUAUUGUUCAUCCAACAACUUGUUUUCAUGUGUAUGACAUCCCUAUUUGCUGCACAUCAGAGAAAUUACAGUUUCGAAGGCAUCUCAUCAUAAAUAAGAGGCAGUAAUAGGAAUAACGUGCUUGCUUUGUGUCUGUCUAUUCAGCAGAGGAAGGCUGCUGUCUCUUGCGUUUAGUCUGUUACCGGGUGAAGUCACAGGGAAUACGUGCCAAACUGGAGUAUAUACGGACCUUGCAAACAGAACAUUAUUUUCUUUGUAAAGAUACAACUUGUACAUAUAUAUUAUGUAGAAAAACACUUCUGAAAAUAGGAAAAUAUUUUUUUAAAAGGGAAGAUCUUGAAAUUAAAAAACAUUCUUGGCAAAGAUUUUAGCACGCAGCCCAUUAAUGAAACCGUCUUGAUAAAUGCUGUUAUUUUACAAUCACUUGGUGACAUAAUCAGUUACAUUUGUGCAGAAGUCACCAUCUGUCAUAUUAUUUCUCUUUCUGGGUUUAACUGAGCCAGGAUAGAAAACAAUAGCAGGCAUACUCAGAGACAUCUUAGUCUGGGGUAACAGGAAAGAGACUUGACGCGCCGAUCUUCCAUUAACACUUAUGCACUCGUCCUCACUGAGAUGCUGAGUUAUUGCACUUGGUCUUAUAUAUGUUACUGUGAUAGUCUUGUACCUAGGAGAGCUCAGGUGCAGAGUCCAGCAUCAGCUGGGAUCUGAUUGUGCUUGUUGGAAGUAAACAGGAAAUGAAUUUGAGUCUCCAUUUGGCUGUAAACUGAAAGUGCACUUUAUUAGUGAUGAGCUUUAAUGCUUUAACAUGAAGAAUCACAGUUUAACGCACUCAUUUUGAGCUUUUCUCUCUUCUGUUCAAUAAAAUGACUAUCAGCUAA